CUAGUGUUUCUGUGUGAGAGAAGCCGACUCUUGUUUACAGCAGAGAUUCCACGGAGCAGCGGAGACCCACAGCCUACGUUAACCGAGGGCGAACCGUAGGAUUUCAGCCUCUGGAUCAACGUGUUUUCUCCCUUUUAUGAGGAUAAAGGCUAAACACGAAACACUCGCAAAGGGCAACUCCUUGUGGACACAUUCUCCCUCCCACCCGAGCCGAGGUCGUCUAGCUGGAGACCCAUUCUCUUGCGUGGCACAAGUCUGGUAUUUUCUUUCAGCUGCAAAUCCCGACAGACGACAGAGAUAAGUCCGACCCGAGGAGCUGGAAAAUCGGUUUAAAAAGCGACUUUCUCACCGCGGGCCAGGACUGCUUGGUGGCGGGAUCGAGAACCUGUGCGGGUUGAAUGGCAUAAGCGAAAGAAGGUUUUUCAUUCAUUUUUCAACCUCGCAGCCACCACCCCUGUGUAUCUGGACGUGUUUUCUGCCCCACUCCUCCCCUCAUACACAGGCAUUCACACGGGGGUUCUUGUCAGCAACACUGGCGUUAAUUUAUUAUGAUGGUGAAGGCUUCUAACAACACUAUUUAGUCUGAUGUUUUUUUCAUAUUGUUAUUGCCAGGCCUGAUCACACUGUACGCGCACUGCUGUUUUCAAGAGAUGGAGACUGAAGAUGGGGAUUACCAUCAUUUAUCCGGUAAAAUCGCUGGCUUGUGUGCCAUACCAGCCGACGUCAAAGUAUCCUGUGAUUGGCAAAAAUAGCAGACUGUUUUAAUUUUUUUUUCUUCAAAGGAAUUCCCUGUUAUAACGAUUUGUACACAUUUAUUUAUAUAUAUUUUUUAGAGCAAAUCCUGGAAGCCACGCAGGCUACAGAGUAGCGUUUUUUUGGGGGGGCUACAGACACAUUCAUUCACCCCUCCCCUCUUUUCAUAUUCUUCUAUGAGGAGCUGGUGUGUGCAACCUUCAUAAUUUUAUUUCAAUUUUUAUCCCUGCCUUAAGGGUUUUUGAGAGGGGAAUAAUGUUAAGGAACAUGAGAUCUGGCACACGGAUGGGUAGCCCGACCUUGUUUUGGGGUCUGAUGCUGUCUGUCUCCACUAUCUGCAUCUGGUCCACACAUGGAGAGAUCUGUGGUCCGAGUAUCGACAUCCGAAAUGAGAUUGGCGAGUUCAAGCGGCUGGAAAACUGUACGGUGGUGGAGGGCUACCUGCGGAUCCUCCUCAUCAACGACAAGACCAACAACUUCCACCAGGAGGCCUUCCGCUCCCUCAGCUUCCCAAAGCUGACCAUCAUCACCGACUACCUGCUGCUGUUCCGCGUCUCGGGCCUGGACAGCCUCAGCUUGCUCUUCCCUAACCUGAGUGUCAUCCGGGGCCACAAUCUCUUCUACAACUACGCCCUUGUGAUCUACGAGAUGACCAGCCUGAAGGACAUCGGCCUGUACAACCUGAGGAACAUCACCCGCGGAGCCGUGCGGAUUGAAAAGAACCCUGAGCUCUGCUACCUGGACUCGGUAGACUGGUCUCUUAUUAUGGAUGCUGGAACCAACAACAUUAUCAAUGGGAAUAAGAAGCCAAAGGAGUGUGACAAUGUCUGCCCAGGAAUCAUGGAGGAUAACCCUCUUUGUCAGCGGACGUUGUUAAAAGACAAGUACAACUACCGCUGUUGGACCUCCAACCAGUGCCAGAAAGUAUGCCCAGAACACUGCAAGUUUUCCUGUACAGACAAGGGAGAGUGUUGCCACAGCCAGUGCCUGGGAAGCUGUACUGAACCCAACAACGACAUGGCCUGCGCCGGCUGCCUCCACUACUACCACGAGGGUCACUGUGUGCCAGACUGUCCCCGAGACACUUACAAGUUUGAGGGCUGGCGCUGCAUCACCAUGGACCUUUGCUCCCAAGUGCACCUGCCCGGCGACACUCACUUUGUCAUCCACGGGGGAGAAUGUAUGCCCGACUGCCCCUCUGGCUUCACACGCAACGAGACUAAUCGUAUGUUAUGCAAUGCCUGCAAUGGCCCGUGUGAUAAGCCCUGCUCAUCCCCUGUCAUCGACUCUGUUGAUGCUGCCCAGUCCCUGAAGGACUGCACUGUCAUCGAAGGCAACCUGGACAUCAACAUCCGCCGUGGAAAUAACAUAGCGUCUGAGCUGGAGAGCUUCAUGGGAUUGAUUCAGAAAGUGACGGGCUAUGUAAAGAUUCGACACUCCCACGCACUUGGCUCGCUGUCCUUCCUCAAAAGCCUGCGUUACAUCAAUGGGCAAGAACUCAUCGACAACAUGUAUUCGUUCUCUGCCAUCAACAACCAGCACCUCCAGUACCUUUGGGACUGGAGUCAGCACAACCUGACUAUUGGGAAUGGACGUCUCUUCUUCCGUCAAAACCCCAAACUCUGCAUGUCUGAGAUCCACAAGAUGUGGGAGAAGACGGGCAUUGCUGUGAAGCCAGAGGAGGGAGAUUUCCGUAACAACGGUGAAAGAGCCAGCUGUGAAAGCCAUAUCUUGAAGUUCAAGUCUAACAUUACAUCAAGUCAUACGAUCAGGCUGACAUGGGAGCGCUACCGGCCGCCGGACUACAGCGACCUUAUCAGCUUCAUAGUCUACUACAAGGAGUCCCCUUUCCAGAACAUCACAGAGUUUGACGGGCAGGAUGGCUGUGGCUCAAACAGCUGGCACAUGGUGGAUGUUGAUUUCCCUCAGGAUAAAAACAAUGACCCAAACGUCAGUCUUCAACACCUCAAGCCCUGGACCCAGUAUGCUAUUUUUGUGAAGGCCAUUACCCUGCAGGUGAAGGACAAACACAUUGCCGGAGCAAAGAGUGGUAUAAUCUAUGUUCGCACACGCCCAUCGCCGCCGUCUAUGCCCAAAGAUGCCCGUGCAUAUGCCAACUCUUCAACCAGGCUCAUGGUGAAGUGGUCACCUCCAGCCUUUCCCAACGGCAAUCUGACCUACUACCUGGUCCGCUGGCAGCAGCAGCCUGAGGACAGGGAGCUCUACCAACAUAACUACUGCUCCAAAGAGUUGAAGAUUCCGAUCCGUAUCCCAGCCACAGCGUUCACGGACAUGGAAGAGAACACCAAGCCCACCAAGUCAGACCUGGCAGGCGCAGAGAAGGGCACAUGCUGUGCUUGCCAGAAGACGCCUGAGGAGAAAGACCAGGAGAAGGAUGACCGGGUCUUUUUUAAAAUGUUCGAGAACUUCCUUCACAAUGUCAUCUUUCUGCCGAGACCUCCAGAUCGUCGACGUAGAGAUGUUUUUGGUGUGGCUAACAACACACUGCUGCGUGAGGGUGUUGGUAGGGGAAACACCACCCUUGGCCCGUGGGAUAACAGUACAGAUGGCAUUCCUCCUAUCAAGGAGUACCCCUUCUCAGAUGACAAGAGCACAGCAGAAUAUUUAGAGAUCCCCAACCUGCGGCCCUUCACUGUCUACCGCAUUGACAUCCAUGCAUGCAACGAGGAGGUGGGGCGCUGCAGCGCUGGAGCCUUCGUCUUCUCCAGGACCAAACCUGCAGUCAAAGCAGAUGACAUCCCUGGAAAGGUGAUCUCUGAGAGGAGUGAGGAGGUUGUAGGUUGUGUGUUGCUGCACUGGCCAGAACCCGUCAUGCCAAACGGACUCAUCCUGAUGUAUGAGAUCAAGUUCGGUCUGGGGACUGAGCCUGAGAAACACGAGUGUGUGUCGCGGCAGCAGUACCGGGAGCACAGAGGAGCUCGGCUGACCAACCUGGGCUCAGGGAAUUACUCUGCUCGCGUGCGCGCCACUUCGCUAGCGGGGAACGGCUCCUGGACAGAGAGCGUGUCCUUCUAUGUGCCUCCGCCCAUACCAGGCGAUGAUGUUACGUUCUACUUGGUCAUCAUAAUUCCCAUCAUUGUGAUACUUUUCAUCGCCAGCCUCACCACGAUUCUCUACUUUGUGAACAAAAAGAGGAACAGCGACAGAUUGGGGAAUGGAGUCCUUUAUGCGUCUGUCAACCCCGAGUAUUUCAGUGCUGCUGAGAUGUACGUCCCAGAUGAGUGGGAGGUGGCCAGGGAGAAGAUCACAAUACACAAGGAGCUAGGCCAGGGCUCUUUCGGCAUGGUGUACGAAGGCAUCGCCAAGGGAGUGGUGAAGGAUGAACCCGAGACACGAGUGGCCAUCAAGACGGUCAAUGAGUCGGCCAGCAUGAGGGAGCGCAUUGAGUUCUUGAACGAAGCCUCUGUCAUGAAGGAGUUUAACUGUCACCAUGUGGUGCGGCUGCUGGGCGUGGUCUCACAGGGACAGCCUACCUUGGUGAUUAUGGAGCUGAUGACCCGUGGAGAUCUCAAGAGCUACCUGCGCUCUCUGCGCAAAGAAAACAGCAACAGCCAGGUCCUACCCCCACUCAAAAAGAUGAUCCAGAUGGCAGGGGAAAUCGCUGACGGCAUGUCGUACCUAAAUGCCAACAAAUUUGUCCACAGAGAUCUGGCUGCCAGGAACUGCAUGGUAGCUGAGGACUUCACUGUGAAGAUUGGAGAUUUUGGCAUGACCAGAGAUAUAUAUGAGACGGAUUACUACCGAAAAGGAGGAAAGGGCCUGCUGCCUGUCCGCUGGAUGUCUCCAGAGUCGCUGAAAGAUGGCGUGUUCACUACAACGUCUGAUGUCUGGUCAUUUGGUGUCGUGCUGUGGGAGAUCGCCACCUUAGCAGAACAGCCUUACCAGGGCAUGUCCAAUGAACAAGUGCUGCGCUUUGUCAUGGAGGGAGGACUCUUGGACAAACCUGACAACUGCCCUGACAUGCUGUUUGAGCUGAUGAGGAUGUGCUGGCAGUAUAAUCCCAAGAUGCGUCCGUCCUUCCUCGAGAUCAUCAGCAGCAUCAAAGAAGAUCUGGAUCCUCCCUUCAGGGAAGUGAGCUUCUUCUACAGCGAGGAGAACAAGCCGCCGGACACCGAGGAGCUGGACAUGGAGGUAGAAAACAUGGAAAACAUUCCACUGGACCCUGCAUCCACCAGGCAGCCCUCUGCUACUGUCGCCGCCCCCUCAUCGGGGUGUACAGGAAGCACGCCGCCUCCUUCUACCCAGCAGUUAUCCCCCAUGCAAGGCCCGAGUACUCCGUUACUGGGACUUGUGUCUCCCUCCUCCCCGGGCCCAGUUGCGUCAGCGUCUCCAGGCCAAGCCUUGGACAAGCACUCAGGACAUGUUUCGGCCAACGGGCCUGUGGUGGUACUCCGGCCCAACUUUGACGAGAUACAACCCUAUGCACACAUGAAUGGGGGCAGAAAGAACGAACGGGCGUUACCACUGCCCCAGUCGUCGGCCUGCUGAUAUCAGACCAGCCCCUCCUCCUCCUCCUCUAACACAGGGUAACACAAACCUUUCCUCCAUCUCUUAAGGAGGGAUGGAUGAGGUAAGGAAUGACUUUCUUCUACUGUGUGCCAGUAGAUUGUCUCUCCACUUCUUAAAAGGUCAAACAUAAAGUCUAAAAACUGACAAAAAGUACAGAAACCUGCUAAAGAAUAUGGAGUUUGGUGGCUCAGACUCUGGGGAACUCCUUUGUGUGCUGCCUGUAUUUCAGUUGUUGUUACAUAAGGAAAACAAUACAGGCACGCAUCUUGACAUGAACUUAAAGAAAAAACUUUUUUUUAGCAUAUCUGCCAGCAAAUCCAACAGAAGAGCACUUUUUUUCCUGAUGAUUUCAGAGAGGAUGUUGUGGAUAUCGGAGUGUGUAUUUAAACACAUGAUCCUCUCUGUAAUAUGGCAUAGCCCCAUUUCUAAAUGACUUUGUUUGCAUGAGCAGACCCACUCAUGUCACAUGAGGAUGCCUCAAUUAGAAUGUUUGGACUAAGAUCAUUGUUUCAUUUUCCUGUUGAUAUUUCUAUGAUCCCGUCAGCAGCGGGUCAAAAUGGAAGAGGAGGGCCUAUUGUGUAUCUGCCAAACUAUUGCCAAAUCAAGCUUUUUCUUCAGUUUCAUACAGGUCUCCCUUAUUGUUUAAGGCUGUGAUUCAGAGUUAAGAUAAGUCUGUCUAGGGAACAAUACCAACAUUGUUUGGUGGUUUUGAUUCAGACGUCAUGCUUAUCUUUAGUACUAAGUGUGUGUGUGUGUGUGUGUGUGUGUGUGUGUGUGUGUGUGUGUGUGUGUGUAUUUAUCACAGGACAGAAUACAGUGUUACUGUUGAGAAUAGCUGCAUUCACACCUGCAGGAAAAAGUUUUCAGAGUCUGCAUUGGGGCUUUAAUCAAAUUUAAAGUUAAUGUUUUUUUCAUAUCAAUUGACAUAAUAGCGGUAAUAAUUAAUUUUAAGAUGAUUAUCAAACCCAAACAAAGACUUUAUCAAAAUAACUUUGAAAUGUCAUAUUUUCAUUAAGUUGAAUCAUAAUCUGCAACUAAUUAAAGUCGAUUAAAGUAAUAAAAAAAAAGCCCAAAUUGAAUUGGUUCUCCAGUUCCUAACCUCUGUGUGAGGAUUUGCUGCUUGCUGUCUUAAGUGAUAGUAAACUGGAUAUGUUUGGGUUUUUUUUUUUACAAGCAAUUGGCAGAUUAGUUAAAAAUGAAAAUAAUCAUUAAUUGCAGCCCUAUCUUUUCAUAUAAUCACAUUUGAAAAGCCAGCAUGCUGUUUGCCUUACCAAAAUGUUGUGUUUCAAGUCCAUUCAGAUCUAACUAAACAGACUAAUGAAAAUGUUCCCCUUCAUCACGUGUACAUAUGGGGAACAUACACACUGAGUCAGCCAACUCUGAAUCACAGCCUCAGUCUUUCUUUGUUUAAAUAAAGAACAAAAAUCUAAACAAAGAAUGAUAAGUCUCACACAGCAAAUAACUGAACUUCGCAAUCAAGGGAUACGACUUUGCCUCCCCUUUCAUAAAUCCAAAUAAAGUGUGCAUUUCAUGUGGGAGGUGAAAAUCGUUCUCUCUGAUACUGCUGUUCAAAUUAAAUGGCACCAAAUACACCACAACAGACAGACAGAGUGUAAGACCUGAGACAGAAAACGAGAAGGCGUUGGAUGGGAUUUUAGUAGCCUAGAGACAACUUUUAAAUCACAGCAGGUCUCUUUUAAAAUAGUCAUUAGUUUCUCUACAUUUCAAACACAUAUAAAGUUCUUACAGUUGUAUUUCAGACUGCAGGAUCGAUUUUAUACACAUCAUUGGUUUUGUCACUUUUUUAAACCUUUUUACGGUUCAAAAUGUUUGCCUCUAUGUCUGUACAGAACAAAGCUGCUAUUUUAUUCUUUUUCUCUUUUGGAUGUU